AUGCUAUCUCCCGAAGAAGAAACCGAGCUCAAAGAGCGUGCCCAUAAGAAAUGGUUCCAGCUCAAGGGCCAUAUCAAGGAAAAACAGAAGAAGGAAGUGACAAACAUUUUACUUAAGCGCAAGAAGAAUGUCUUCACUGUGUCGUCGAGAAUUGAGCUGCUGGAAGAAAAAUCUCGAGAGAUUUUUGCAGCGCUCAAGGCGAUUACGAGCGAAAUACGAGACAAGAACGACCGCUCUGCGCACGAAACGCUCCGACGCCGAGUUGCUGACAUUGAGCAGAGCUUGUUGACCAUAGACUCGAGAUUCGCGUCGCUGUCUGCUCCUGCCAUGGAUAAUGUGCGGGACUUGGAGAAUGAGGUCGUCUCGCUUCGAACCACAGUACAAAUGCAACUUACUACUGCUCAAAACGAGGCAACUGCGAGGCAUUCGCUACUUGAGGAAGCACUCGCGAAUCAGCGAAUGCUGGUAGAGACAUUAGCGCUGGACGUUCCUGCCCAGAUAAAUGUACAAGCCGAGCUCUUCAUGGAGAAAAUCAAGCAGCUACCCGAUCAUACUGCAACGAUAGAGAAUCUUCGACGAAGCCUAAAGCGCAAAGCAGACUUGAAGCUGUUGAAAGAGUUGGAGGCUCGAUUGCUUGGUUUGGAUGCUGAGAAUGAAGACUGUCUCGUGCGUUGUUUAUCGUGUCGCAAAGAAGUUAUCAAUCCGUACAAUGAGAAGGACACUGAAGCAGAUGAACAAGAUGUGGGCAACGGACAGCUUCGAAAGGUUAAUCCAGGACCUUCGUCAGCUCGGAUUUAUCGCUCCAAUAUUCCAUUUAGUGCCCAAACCUUCGUCCAGGAAUCCAUCCAAGAGGAAUUUUCCGAGGAAACGUUGAUUUCACCUCGAGCACAGCCAAGCCUGUUCGCCAUAUCUGACCCCCGGCCUUAUCAACAAUUCCAGGCGGCGGGUGAUUCUCAUGCGAGCGAGAAAUUGGCGAUUCCGAGGUCGGCACCUAUCCUGAAAAGGGACACGAAACCCUCUCAAGCACCUCCGCUUAGUCUCAUGAAUAUCACGGCGACAAGAGCUAUCUUAUCACCCGAUCGGCCAAUUAGUGCACCAGUAGUGCAUUUGAAGAAAAAGUCAACCACAGCAAUUAGAUCAAAGUCUGUGCUGAAAUCAUUAACUCCACAGCCAGGCCCAAAGUAG